AGUGAGCUCCCAUCAUAUAUUAAAAAAUACAAUAAAGGAAAAGGUGUUCCAAUUGAACUUAAACUUUAUCCAUUGUCUAAACUUGCGAGGCAACUUAAACUAAAUAUCACUAUCAGCUAUAUGAUAGUAGAAUUAAAUGAAGAAACAAUUUUAAGAGUGGAACAAAAAUAUAUGCGACAUAUUGAAAUAGAAGAGACAAAUAUCAGGAAAGAACUGGCUGAUUGUCUUGUUGAAGUACGUUCUGGGAGACGUAAUAUUAAUGAGAUCGAGAAAAUAUACGCAAAAAUUAUGAGUAUGUUAUCCAAAGAAUCUAUAUUAGCAUUUAUUAAUAAAUACAAAAAUAUACAUGAGAAGGCCAACUUGGUGCUCACUCUAAAAACGAAAAAUGUGGAAUACAUUAAAAAAGAUGAAACAAUUAACUAUAUUCUGCAGAUUAAUCAGGACUAUGAAAUCUAUAUACUUCUUGACAAUGAUGAAUAUAUUAUUGGUGGUAAUUCAUCACCAGAACACAUUAGAUUUCAAGACCUGUAUAAAAACUCAAAUGACAAUUCGUGCAAAUUCUUAAUAGCAGAGCUUAAGAUAUGCACAGGAAUAAAAGGGCCUGGCUAUCCAGCAAUUCUUCAUUAUAUAAAUGGAAAACCAGCUCAUGAUAACUAUCAUUUUGAUGAUGAGGAAGUAAAUAUAUUAUUGCUUGGUGAAACGGGUGUAGGAAAAUCUACAUUUAUUAAUGCUUUUGCGAAUUAUCUUAUAUUUGAAUCAUUAGAGCAGGCUAAAUCUGGAAAUAUGAAGGUAUUAAUUCCAUCUAAAUUCAUAAUUACAGAUAACAACUAUGACGAAAAAACAAUAGCAAUAGGCGAAAAUGAUCAAAAUGAACAAUUUGAAAAUAUAGGAAUGUCAGCUACACAGAAUUGUAAAUGUCAUGUGUUUCAUACGGCUAACAAAGUUAUAAAAUUGAUUGAUACUCCUGGAAUUGGAGAUACUAGAGGUAUAGAUCAAGAUGCAAGGAAUUUUGAAAAUAUUUUGACACAUGUUUCCCAUUAUAGAUAUUUAAAUGGAAUAUGCAUACUUCUUAAACCAAACAAUGCACGAUUAACAUUAGUAUUCAAAUAUUGCAUUCUUGCACUACUCACGCAUCUAGCUAGAAGUGCAAAGGAUAAUAUUAUUUUUUGCUUUACCAACUCUAGAGGAACAUUCUAUCGCCCAGGAGAUACGCUAACACCGCUUAAAAAGCAUCUUAAUGAUCUUUAUAAUGUUUCUGGUGUUGAAAUAAAAGUUCAAAAGGAUACAACAUAUUGUUUCGAUAAUGAAUCAUUUAGGUUUCUAGCAGCAAGUAAAAAAAAUGUUCAAUUUGAAAAUGAAACUAAAAAUUUUGCAGAUAGUUGGGAAAAAUCAGUAAAUGAAUCAAAGAGACUUUUGCGAUAUAUUACAAGUCGUCCACCUCACAAAGUAAAAGAUACACUAUCACUUAACAAUGCUAGAAAAGUAGUAAAACUUCUUAUAAAACCUCUUGAAGAUAUACAACCUCGCAUUGAUUGUUAUAUUAAAUAUUUAGAAAGUGUACAACAUGAGUUUAAAAAAUCUAACAAACAUAUUGAGGAGCUUAAAAAGACAAAAUUUGAUAUAGAAGUGUUCGAAUCCCCCAGGACUAUUUGUAACAAGUGUACUGAGGAUGUGCUAAUUGAUGAUGAAAUACAAAGAGGAUAUGCGAAAAUUUGUUGUGAUAAUUGCCGUGUUAAGUUUGCAAGCAUAUUUAGUAUAUGGUUUUGUUCGGUCAUAGGAAUUAAUGGAAUUUGUAAAAUCUGCGGGUGUUCAUGGAAACUGCAUACUCACACUGCAAAAUUAGUAAAGAAAACACGUCUCACAAGUUCAAAUUUAGCAUUAGAGAUCGAUAAAAAAACAAAUAAAGCUGCAAUAGAACAAGUAUUAUUAGAUGAUUAUCAUCAACUUAUUGAUGAUAUGCUAGUUGAAAAUAUAACAAUAAUAGAGAUUAAGGAAAAGUUUAUUUUAUUUUUAAAACAAAAUUCAAUAGCAUUUAUGAAUGAUACAGUUGAAGGAUAUCUAGAAUACUUUAUAAAGUUGGAAAAAAAUAAUCAAAACUCUCAAGCUGAUGAAAAAAUCAAAAUAUAUGAAAAACAGAAAAAUGAAGCUAUAAAAGAAAGAAAUUUUAUAUAUGAAGUAUCUGAAAACAAGCAAAGCGAAGAUUUGAUUUCAUUUAAUGAUAUAAAUGAACUCGAAAAAAAACUAUAUAGCUUGCCAGAAUGUGGUCCAAUUUUGUAUGAAGAAAAAAUUAAACAAGAGAAUAUUCAAGAAAAUGCAUACAGAUAUGCAGAAAGUCACUAUGACAUUCCUGAAAAUGCUAAUAUUUUAUAA